AUGCUUACAUUGCAGGAUAACAAAUUGCCAACGGAAAUGGACACCUUCUUGCCUCAAGACGGGUCCAACAUGAAAGAUGGCGUAUUAUCCAAAUACAAAGUGCAAGUCGCACCGAGAGAUAUGGAGGCUGGACAGCAGCAGGGCGAUGUAAAAAGCUUCGAUCCAUUUAGUGAACGAAGAGUAGAUAACCCGACGACAGACUGCGAUACAUUAACGCAUUUACUGAAAGCCUCGCUUGGAACGGGCAUAUUGUCCAUGCCAAUUGCUUUCAAGAAUGCUGGCCUCCUGGUUGGUGUAUUUGCCACGAUCCUAGUGGCAUUUGUGUGCACACAUUGUGCAUAUAUUUUGAUAAAAUGUGCACACGUUCUGUAUUACAAAACGAGACGCACGGAGAUGAGUUUUGCCGAUGUAGCAGAAGUAGCGUUUGCUACGGGACCAGAAUGGGGAAGGAAAUUUUCUAAGCCAAUUAGGUAUCUCAUACAGAUUAGUUUAUUUGCAACGUACUUUGGCACUUGCAGCGUGUACACAGUUAUCGUUGCUGCGAACUUCAACCAGAUCAUUGCACAUUAUAAAGAGGCUGGAUCCGAUGAAUUCAGUAUACGGCUGAUGACAGCUUGUUUAUUGAUCCCAUUGAUACUCCUCAGUUGGAUACCGAAUUUGAAAUACCUUGCGCCCGUUUCCAUGGUUGCCAAUAUAUUCAUGGGAACAGGCUUAGGAAUAACUUUUUAUUAUUUAGUCUGGGAUCUCCCACCUAUCACGAGCGUGCCUUUAUUCGCGAACUUCGAGGACUUCCCAAGAUUUUUCAGCAUUACAAUCUUUGCAAUGGAAGCAAUAGGUGUUGUAAUGCCGCUGGAAAAUAAUAUGAAAACGCCGCAACAUUUUGUUGGAAUCUGCGGUGUUCUUAAUAAGGGAAUGUCUGGAGUUACGCUUAUAUACAUUUUACUGGGUUUCUUGGGAUACAUAAAAUAUCAGGACACCACUAUGGAUAGCAUCACGUUAAAUCUACCAACGGAAGAGAUAGCGGCACAAGUUGUAAAGAUUUUAAUAGCUCUUGCCGUUUACUGUACGUUUGGAUUACAAUUUUACGUCUGCCUUGAUAUUGCAUGGAACGGUAUAAAGGAUCGAUUCCAAAAGAAACCUUUGUUGGCAAAUUACAUUUUAAGAACGGUUAUGGUCACAGGAGCAGUUCUACUGGCUGUUAUUGUACCAACUAUCGAACCUUUCAUUGGCCUGAUCGGUGCAUUUUGUUUUUCAAUAUUGGGUCUAUUAAUUCCUGUGUUCGUUGAAACUGUAACUUACUGGGACGUAGGUUUCGGGCCAGGAAACUGGGUAGCGCUCAAGAAUGUAAUAAUAUGUGUCAUUGGUCUUAUGGCAUUAGUAUUUGGAUCUCGUAGUGCAUUAAUACAAAUCGUACAGCUAUAUAGAUAAAGAAAUUGAUUUCAUAUAGAUAUAAAUCUGUAGAAUAUUCCAAUAUUCCAAACUUUGAAAGUAUUUGAAAGCCAUUUAACAGAUUUUAAAGCAAUAAAUUUCUGAUAAUUCCAAUAUUUUACGAGGGCAAUCAAAACAGUAUGUCAAUUGGAAAUGUUAAUUUAAAUAAUUUAUUUUAGAAAGCGUACAUAAUCAAAGGUUUCAUAAAAUUUAUAUCAAAAGUUUAGAUGCCUGUGUAUAUGCUUACAAGAAGUGCUCUAGUAAGAUAGAAACGAAGAAUUCUGAUAGCAAAUAUUGUUUCGGUUGUUGUGCAAACGAGAGCUUCAAAAAUGAAUUCUUGUAAGAAUGAUGAACCAAAAAACCGACAUUCGGUAUAGUUGAAAUAAUACCUACGCACAAACAAUUUUAUACCAUAGAAAGAAUUAUAUUAGGGAAGGUUA